CCAACAUCGCCGCAACGCCGCUAGCUUGCCAGUUUGAAGCUCACAAUUUUGAUUCCAAGCACUAAUCAGCUGGCUAACCCCCAACCAACGAACCGCUCCAUCCAAUCUAGCCAUCUAGCGUCGUCCAGCAAUCAUGGGUUUCCUUUCUUCCAUAUUCAAAAAGACCAAAAAGACCAAGUCUUCUUCCUCCAAGCAGAAGAAGCGCAGGUCCACCAAAACAGAUCCUACCGAGGCAGCGGCCACAGCGUCCUUGUUGAGUAUCGGCUCCGAACACAGCGAAACCGUUCUGGCCCAGGAGGACCCCAUUCCUUCUAAUGCAUCAGAGGAGCUCCGAGUUGUGAGAGAGUGGAUCCGUGCCAAGGAUGAGCACAACAUUGAAAAGAUGCAGGAGUUGACAGGAGAGGGAUGUUUCUUCACAUUCACGGAUUCUGAAACUGAGAUGCCGGCUAGUGAGUUCUAUGGAGCAGUGAAUGAGACCAUUCAGUCUUUCCCAGAUAUUCACUUCUUCUGGAAGUCCAUGAAGGUGCAGGGCCCUUCCACGAACAAGAGCAAAGCUGGCAUGGUUGUUGUAGUCAACGACUACUAUGGGAUUGGAAAGCACACAGGAAAAGCUUAUGGUUUUGGCCCUUACCCUCCAGUGGAGCCAACUGGCAAGACAGUGAGAGAUGAGAACAUUGAGUUCACUUUCACGGUGAGCGAUGGUAAGAUUGUGGAUGCCACCAUCUAUGCAUUUGGGGAGUUGGUUGGUCCUCCUGGGUUCUACACCAAGAUUGGCGGUGUCAUCUUAUUCUGAGUAUCUUGAGUCCUCUAUCCCCUUGCAACAGUUCAUAAUUCCUUCUUCCGCAGCUUUAGUACUAAGUUCUACUAGGUUCGUGAUAUCAUUU